AUGCGGCUUAUGCGCUUCUCAGAUGUUACGGAAAAUACCGACAUACUGCUCAUGCCAAUUGGUGGAUAUGAGCAGAGCCCUUUGGUCCCGCUUGAAAUCGCCAUAGAGUCACUCAUUGCUAUUCUACCUAAGAUUUGCAUGUAUGCGUAUAUUGCCAAGCAACGAUGUAAAAAUCCGGCUGAUGGUUUAACAUCAGACGAGUCAGCCGCAAUCAUGCUUUACUCAAUGGGGUGGGAGCCUCUCGACGAAUGUCUCUAUUGUGUCUUGAAUCGAACUCUUCGAUCAGAAGACAGAACGCAAUUGAAAAUGUGGUUUUUAUAUCUCAAACUGCUCCUCACUGCACUUUCCCAUCUUCCUGCCAAAAGAAGAACUGUUUAUCGUGGAGUUAAAUUAAACUUAAGUCAUGAAUAUCAAACAGGCAAAACUAUUGUUUGGUGGGGCUUUUCUUCGUGUUCUACAUCGAUCAAUGUCCUACGAUCUGAUCUUUUUCUGGGAGCAACUGGUACCAGAACAAUUUUUACCAUAGAAUGUUACUCGGGCAAAGAUAUUCAGAAGCAUUCUUAUUAUUCAGUCGAAGAUGAAAUUCUUCUUCCCACUGCUACUCAAUUCAUAGUCAAGGGUUGUCUGAUGCAAGGUCAUGGACUUCAUAUUAUUCAACUGGAAGAAAUUGAACCAUCGUUUCCACUUUGGCAGUCGGUGUCGACCUCGGGGAUACGCUGUCGACGUCUGUCUCUGGAUUUGGCUGAAUUCACAGAUAAUUUUUUAGCACUCAAUGAUUCAUUACUGGGACCUCCGGAUGAAUACAUCUUCUUAUCCUACGAAAAUGAAGAUAAACCUCUAGUUAAUGCCAUCGCUGAUAUUUUGACAGAUUCCGGAGGAAAUGUUUGGACCGAUGACAUGAUAGGUAGUCACGAAGAAACAGAGAUAGCAGAUGCUAUGGAUAAUUCUUGGGUUUUUAUCUGUUUUCCAACACCUGCUUAUCAAAAUUCAAAAGCAUGUCGCGCAGAGCUCUGUCUUGCACAUAAAUCUGGAAAAAAUAUAAUUCCUAUUAUGACUAAAUCCAAUUGGCAACCCAGUAGUUGGCUUCUUAUGGUUAUCGCAAGUGUUCCAUAUUUUAAAUGGGAAAAUGUUCAACCUAAUGAUGUAGGAGCAAGAAUGCCUGAUCUGGUGCAACGUCUCAAGAAUCUUGCUACGGGAACUUUAUCAAGAACAACAACAAGAACAAGAACAACAGCAUCAAGGAAUAGUACAUCAGAACCAAGGCCUCAAAUACACCGUCCUGAUAGACUGUUUGAUUUGUCUGCGCGCGAGAGGCGGCGAGCCAGACCCAAUUCUUAA